GGGCAGGAAGCGGCGGCGGCGGGCUGAGCAUGGCCGGCGCGGCGGGGCCGCUGUUCCGACGCCUCGGGGCGCUGAGCGGGGCCGCGGCGGUGGGCGCGGCCGCUUACGGGGCGCACGGAUUCCGCCGGAGCGACCGGGACGACUACCUGAAGGAGCUCUUCGAGACGGCGAAUAAGUACCACAUGGUGCACAGCCUGGCGCUCCUGGCCGUCCCCCACUGCCGGUACCCUGCGCUGGCCGGGAGUAUCCUGGUAGCCGGAAUGACACUGUUCUCUGGCACGUUUUAUUACCACGCGAUAACGGGAGAUCCGGUCCUCACCAAGGCAGCACCGUAUGGCGGGAGCCUCCUCAUCCUUGGCUGGAUUGCUCUGGCCCCCUAACUACCCCACUGGGUCUGUGUCCUGGCGCUGGAGGAAGCUGGGAGAUGCCCUCCCCAGCCGUGGCUUCUCUUAGGGUACCGGAAAGGGAGCUGGACUGGUGCGAGAGAGCCCCUCUCCCCAGCUUCAGAGACCAGCACCGGUGAAAGCAGGGCACGUCUUCAAGCAGGCCGUCCUGCGCAAGUCUAGCCAAAGGAGUCCCACGACCCCCAGCAUGCCCCAGCUAAGCACACUGGGGCAUCCUGGGACCCGUGCGACACUUUUCUGUGUAAACUUGCAGAGAACUGCAUCCAAAGCCACAGUCUUUAUUCCUUGCCUUCAAUCCUGUGCAGAACUUGAAUUCUUAAAAUGCGGAAUCACAAGUUACUUUGUUUUUCUUAGCAAAGCAUUUCCCAAAUGCACUUCUGUUGCAUCUUUGUUGCUUGCGGAGAAUGAAGGAAUUCCAUUGUGUAAGGGUGAUUUUUAAAAAACAUAUCUAUGACUUAUCUGCAUUUAUACUCAUGUAAUAAACAAAUCUGAUUUACUA